CUGCCGGCUAUCAUUACCACCAAUCGCCACAUCCCAUCCCACACGUCCUCACGAUGCCGCAGAACGACUACAUCGAGGAGCACAUUCGCCGACAUGGUCGCCGAAUGGACCAUGAGGAGCGAAUGCGCAAGAGGGAGGCCCGUUCAUCGCACAAGGCAUCGGCCAUUGCCCAAAAGACGACGGGUCUUAAGGCCAAGAUGCUCAACAAGAAGCGACGUGCAGAGAAGAUCCAGCUCAAGAAGACGCUCAAGGCUCACGAGGAGCGCGAUGUCAAGCAGGCGUCGACGUCUUCGAACCCAGACCAAGCUUUGCCGACGUAUCUGCUGGACAGAGAGGGCCAGAAGGAUGCCAAGGCUCUCUCAUCCGCCGUCAAGGAGAGGAGAAAAGACAAGGCGGCCAAGUACUCUGUGCCGCUGCCCCAGGUGCGCGGCAUCGCAGAGGACGAAGCCUUCAAGGUCAUGAAGACGGGCAAGCGCAAGGACAAGGGCUGGAAGCGCAUGGUCACAAAGGCCACCUUUGUCGGGGAGAGCUUCACCCGCAAGCCACCCAAGCUGGAACGCUUCGUUCGCCCUAUGGCGUUGCGAUACAAGAAGGCUCACGUCACCCACCCAGACUUGAAGGCGACUUUCUCGCUGCCUAUCUUGGGCGUCAAGAAGAACCCGCAGGGCCCACUCAUGACCCAGCUUGGUGUUCUGACGAAGGGAGCUGUCAUAGAGGUGAAUGUGAGCGAGCUGGGACUGGUCACAACGGGAGGCAAGGUUGCGUGGGGCAAGUUUGCCCAGGUCACCAAUAAUCCGGAGAACGACGGGUGCGUCAACGCCGUGCUGCUCGUCUCGUCGUAGGCAACCACCAAGCUGCACCUGGAUCCUGGCAUCGUCCUCCAUCUCCUUCACUCUCAAGCAUUCCCAUCUGGCCGCGUAAGACCCUAGCAUUGUACUUUUACCCCUUCUCCCUUCUGUAAUGACGACACAAUUGCGACGAGUCGACCCCUUGUUGCU